AUGGCCGCUCGAACCCUACUCUGCAGAAAAACCCUAUCCUCCGUCCUCCGCAAUGAUGCAAAACCGAUCGGAGCAGCCAUAGCCGCCGUUUCAACUCAAUCCCGCGGUUUGCAUGUCUUCACGCUCCCGGAUCUCGCUUACGAUUACGGAGCUUUGGAGCCUGUCAUUAGCGGCGAAAUCAUGCAAAUCCACCAUCAGAAACACCACCAGACUUAUAUUACCAACUAUAACAAAGCUCUGGAGCAGCUUCACGAUGCCGUUGGUAAAGCUGAUACAUCUACCACCGUUAAGCUCCAGAAUGCCAUCAAAUUCAACGGCGGAGGUCAUAUCAACCAUUCCAUUUUCUGGAAAAAUCUGGCUCCUGUUAGUGAAGGAGGUGGUGAACCACCAAAGGAGUCCUUGGGCUGGGCCAUUGACACAAAUUUUGGAUCUUUGGAAGCAUUGAUACAAAAGAUUAAUGCCGAAGGUGCAGCUCUUCAGGGGUCUGGAUGGGUGUGGCUUGGUCUCGACAAAGACUUGAAGAGGCUUGUGGUUGAAACCACUGCAAACCAGGACCCACUGGUCACUAAAGGAGCAAGUUUGGUUCCAUUGCUUGGUAUAGAUGUUUGGGAACAUGCCUACUACUUACAGUACAAGAAUGUUAGACCAGACUAUUUGAAGAACAUUUGGAAAGUUAUUAACUGGAAACAUGCCAGUGAAGUAUAUGAGAAAGAGAGCUCUUAA